AUGCUGAGGGCCUCUUAUACCCCUGGGGAAACUUUUUCUCCGGCCCCUCCGACCCCUGAGAAGAGCUUGUAUCUCUGCUCCACCGAGAUCACCCUCUGGACCGUGGUGGCCGCCGUCCAGGCCGUGGAGAAGAAGGUGGACAGCUGCCUGGCCCGGCUGCACCGGCUGGAGGGCCGCACUGGGAUGGCCGAGAAGAAGCUGGCCGACUGCGAGAAGACGGCGGCCGAGUUCGGCCAGCAGCUGGAGGGCAAGUGGGCCGUGCUGGGCACCUUGCUGCAGGAGUACGGGCUGCUGCAGCGGCGCCUGGAGAACAUGGAGAACCUGCUGAGGAACAGAAACUUCUGGAUCCUGCGGCUGCCGCCCGGCAGCAAGGGCGAGACCCCCAAGGUGCCCGUGACCUUUGAUGACGUGGCCGUGUAUUUCUCCGAGCAGGAGUGGGGCCAGCUGGACGCUUGGCAGAAGGAGCUGUACAAGCGUGUGAUGCGGGGCAACUUCGAGACGCUGGUGUCGCUGGAUUACGCCGUCUCCAAGCCCGACCUCCUCGCGCGCCUGGAGAGGGGAGAGGACCCUUGUCCCCCCGGCCCGUGGGGCCCCAAGGAAGGGAGUGGGGGAGAGGCUGCGGGCCCCAGGCGGGAAGCCGCAGGUGGCCUCCCCCCACCUCCAGAACACGCCCAGGGGGACCCGGCAGGAGUUCCCACCCGCGAGCACCCAGAGGCCAGCACCCCGCCCCCCGGGCCGAGCACGGGUGACAUGGCCGGGCUGGCGGGGGUUCCCGGUGCCCGGCCUGAGCUCUCGGCCCCACCCCUGCCCGUAGUCCCUGCUGCCCAAGCCAGUGUCCGGCGCCCCGCGAAGUCAGAGGGUGACGCUUCAGAGCAGGCGGCGCCGGCCUCUCCCACGGGGGACGCGGGCCCAGGUGGCCGCGCCGUGGUCAUCAAGACGGAGACCCUGUCGGAGGAGGACGAUGACGACGACGACGAGGCGCUGCCGGAGCUGCUCCUCCUGGGUGACGCCCCGAACCAGCCCCGGCAGAGACUGCCCCGAGGGGACCCCCGGAGCCCCACCACCACCACCACCACCACCACCACCACCACCGGAGGCCCGGAGCCGCGGAACGCCCCGGGGCUGGCCGGGGGCCCACGGCCGCGUCUUGGGCGGGCCCGCGAGGAGGCCCCGGGGGCCCCGCCCCGCCGACGGCGCGCACAGACCUUCCCCUGCCCCGAGUGCGGCCAGAGCUUCCGCCUGAAGAUCAACCUGGUCAUCCACCGGCGCGCGCACGUCGAGGAGGCGGGCGCGCCGGCCGCGCUGGAGCCGGGCGAGGUGGCCGUGCCGGGCCCCAUCCUGCGCUGGCUGCCCGACGCCGCCCCGCGCCGCGCCUACCGCUGCGCCCAGUGCCUGCGCGCCUUCCCGCAGCGCCGCGGGCUGCUGCUGCACCAGCGCACGCACGCGGGGCCCGGCCUGGCCGAGCGCGCCCGCGCCUGCCGGCGCCCCGGCCCGCCGCCCUGCCCGUGCCCGCAGAGUCGCCGCGCCCUGGGGCGCAGCCGCCACCGGGCCGCGCACCUGCAGCGGCGCGGCCGCCUGGAGGAGGGUUGA